AUGGGGGAUGGACAAAGUGAAAAUCAACCGCUGUUAAGGGAUGAAGAAGUUAAUGUCAGUACAAUUUCUCCUAUCGGACCGGACGAACUACCUCCACCAUACCAGCAGGCAGGAACGCCUAUGGUAACAUGUCGCGUAUGCCAAUCUAUGAUAGAUAUUUCUGGAAAAAGGGAACAGCAUGUUGUGAAAUGCUCUGUGUGUCAUGAAGCAACGCCUAUAAGAAAUGCCCCACCAGGUAAAAAGUAUGUGCGCUGUCCUUGCAAUUGUUUGCUGAUUUGCAAGUCAUCCUCGCAGCGCAUAGCAUGUCCCCGACCUGACUGCAAGAGGAUUAUAAAUCUUGCACCAUCACCGGUGACUCCACCAGUCCCAACAUUGCCUGGCAUGUGCAGAGUGAUUUGUGCACAUUGCCAGGACACAUUUCUGUAUCAGCAUCUGAAGAAUGCGCCUGUGCGAUGUCCUCAUUGUCGUAAAGUGUCAUCUGUAGGCUCACGGAUGGCCUGUGUUCGAGGGACAAUAUUUGCGGUGCUGGCAGUCAUUUUCUUGGCCAUUGCUCUUGGUGUAACACUGGGAACACUUUCUGCGGCCAAAACCCAUGGCGGCGGUGUCUAUGUAGCGUAUGUUGGAGCUUUCUUGGUUGCAUUCUUUUUGGCCACCCGAGCUGUUUAUUAUUUCACAAUGAAAGUAAGUACCGUCGAGGGCCCAAUGUAA